AUGCCUGGACGGAACAGGUACAAUCUGGUGGACGAUGUCGCGGAUUCGCGGGUCCCCCUCCAUAAUGAAGAGGCGUACCAACACGGGAUACAUUUCCAAGCUAAGGUGAAAUGUAUAUCUACAUUUUCUAGAAUAAGCAAGACACUUUGAUGUUUUCCCUAUAUUUAUUGUCUUUCCCAUUGCGCGUCUUGAAAGAGUUCUGCCGCCGCGUUAUAUUUUGGUGUCCAACUUCAAAGGUCUCAUUUGGGGUAGGACUAGCCUAUCAUUUCAUUUUACAUGAUUGCAUUAUAAAACUCAUGACUGGUGCACGUUUGUGGUAACGACGUGACUUAUUUCUAGUGACUUGAGAUACUUUGUCAAAUUUCCCCCUCCCCCAUAUGUUGCAAAUAUGCUUUCUAGGAGUAAGUUUUCCAAACCUGCAAACAUUCACAUUUCCCUCCAUCUCUGUAGCCUACUUUCACCAGAGUACUCAACAUGGACUGUUCUUACUCAAACUAUUGGUCAUUAAUUGCUCAAAAGGAGGCAAAACAGAAAACACAGAACAUUAUUACAGACGUUUAAGUUAGUAAAACACAUAUAAUAAAGCCUAAUGUUUGAUGAUUUGAGAUUAAUCCUACAAGAUGCUUAUAAUAAAACACUACAAGUGUAUAUACCAGUGUAAUAACAGUGGAAAAAUAAAUAACUAGUUAUAUAGGCUUACACAAUAUUAGACGGCUACAUGUAAUUAAUUAUUGGUUGCAAUCGGCUACUAGGCUAUGCAUAACCACUUACACAGGAUAAUUACAGGGAAAGGUGUCAUGCAUUUUAUAGUAUGGUUAUCAAAACAUUGUGUUGUUGUGUUUUGUUGCAUCUAUAACUGUAUGUUGAGUGUAUUGUCUGAUCUAGAACUGUGCUCUUAUGUGUUUUGUAUAGCUGUCUUAUCUAUAACGUCUCUUGUGUGUGUUGUUCAGUAUGUGGGCAGUCUGGAUGUUCCCAGGCCCAACAGUCGUAUGGAGAUCGUAGCAGCCAUGAGGAGGAUCAGGGUAAGACAAGCAUCAUCAACACUUUGA